UUCUUCAUUUUUUCUUUGUUGUCUAUACUUCGACAUUCCCUCUCGUACACAUAUAUUCUCUCUCUCUCUCUCUCUCUCUCUCUCUCUAUUUAUUUAUUUCACUUUUUCGCAAAAUAAUUUAUAUAUUGAUCCUCUCAACUUGGAAAGCAUUAAAGGAAUUAACAAGAAGAUUCAGAUUUAUUAUUCCUCCUCAGAUGGAAGCGGAUGUAUCUAUUGAUUUUGUGAUGGAUUCCGCGAAGCCCUAAAAUUUUGUUUUCGAUGUAUGUAUAUCUUGCUGAAAAAUUUGGGUUUUUUAUUGUUUGGGAAAACUCAGAAUCUGAUUUCGUGGGGGAAGCUAUGAAUCCGGCUGUGGUUUUCUCUUUGCUGUCUCUACUGGCAGGCUGUUGUACGACGGCAGCGACCGUGGUGCUAAUCGGGGACAACGUCACUCUCUCUUUCGACGAUAUUGAAGCUAAUUUCGCUCCACCCGUCAAAGGUUCAGGGGUUUGUGGGGUAUUAUACACGGCUGAGCCUCUUGAUGCAUGCUCAACACUGACUAAUAAAGUGGAAAAAGCUUCAAAUACUAGUUCCCCGUUUGUUCUGAUUACUAGAGGAGGGUGUAGCUUUGAGGAUAAAGUAAGAAGAGCUCAAAAGGCAGGAUUCAAAGCUGCAAUUGUCUAUGACAAUGAAUAUGGUGGCAUCUUGGUUGCAAGUUCAUAUCCAAGAAUAAUCGACACUCAUGUGGACAAUGCAGUGGCAGGAAAUUCAGCUGGCAUCAAAAUAAAUGCUGUGUUUGUUUCUAAAGCUUCAGGUGAAAUACUAACAAAAUAUACCGGCUUGACUGACAAGGAGCUAUGGAUUAUCCCAAGUUUUGAAAACUCAGCAUGGUCAAUCAUGGCAAUCUCUUUUAUUUCCCUCCUUGCCAUGUCUGCAGUGCUGGCUACUUGUUUCUUCGUUCGCAGGCAUCGCAUAAGACGUGAAAGACCACGAGCUUCUCGUGUGCGGGAAUUCCAUGGGAUGAGUAGUCGAUUAGUGAAAGCAAUGCCAAGUUUGAUUUUCACUUCUGUUUUAGAGGAUAAUUGUACUUCAAUUACAUGUGCCAUAUGCCUUGAAGACUAUAGCGUUGGAGAUAAGCUCAGGAUUCUGCCAUGUCGUCACAAGUUUCAUGCUUUCUGUGUGGAUUCUUGGCUUACCACCUGGAGAACCUUCUGUCCAGUUUGCAAGCGUGAUGCAAGAACUAACUCUGGUGAUCCGCCAGCUUCCGAAUCAACACCAUUGCUUUCAUCCAGCCCAGCCUCUGUGGCUUCUUCUGUUUUGUCGUCUGUUAGAUCAUCAUCAGCCAUACAAAUAGUACCGGCAUCAUUUCAUUCCCAGUCAGUUUCUCAAGUUCACUCUGUUGCUAGCACUCCUUAUGUUCAGCAUUCUCUUAGAUCCUAUCGCCAAUCCCCUCCCCUGAGUGUAAGCCGAAGCUCGGCGGAUAUCAGGAAUGCAUCAUCCCAAAGAUCUCAUGCUUCCUAUUUGGUUUCACCCCACUCAUUGGGUUACCCAUCUUUAUCACCACUAAACUCAAGGUACAUGCCUCCACGUAUUCCAAGCCCAAGCUAUGCAUCGCCAAGCUUUGUCAGUUCAUCUGGUCGUCUACAGCACCCACUGCAUUGUAGCGAGUCGGCUGCUAGUUUUUCUCCCUUUGCUUCUGCUCAUUCUCUUCCAGAAUGCUGAAUCAAAUUUUAUCACAUGACUGAAAGGCUGGGUUGACACGACCAAGAGCUCAUCAGAGGGAGCUGAACCGAAAGUCCUGGAUCAUUUCUACCUCAGGCUUGCACCACAAAAUUACUGAAUCAUUGUUGGGUUCUAUUUGGCACCGGUGGUUACCAGUUUUUAUGCCUGGAGUGUUUCUUUUUGCCUGCUCGCAUGUACAUUAUAGUAUAAGCUUGUGUUGUCUCUUUCAAAUUUCAAGUGAUAAUUGUGGUUCUUACAUUUGAGGUCUGUCGAAUUGUCUACACACGGUCACGAGUGCAUUGUGGUGUACUGGAUUUUAUUAACAUUGAUGUUUUGAUAGUCUACAUUGGUGAAGAUGGUAAACCACACUAACCAGACUUGUUUGGAGCUGUGUAUAAGUUUCUCUUUUAACCGAAAACAUUGAACAAUUUAUUUUGGAUAA